AUGUUGACAGCUGGUUUAAGGCCGGCGAUGUAAUUCAGAGCAUGCGCAGUACCAAUAGCCCCUCUGCAGGGAAGGGUUUUUAAAGUCGGACCGGAAGUGGAAGUGGUCCUCGGAGGCAUUUUCGUCGCUGCUAAGAGUAUUUCCAUAUUUUAAUAGCGAGGAACCGCUGAGAGGAUUUUGACUCCAGGUCACCUCCUCCCAACAGCUCUGCUUCAAUUCACAGUGGAACAUUAAGCUUCAAGCUUCUGAGGGAAGCAGGGUUGAGACCCAGUGUGACCAUGCCAACAAAUUGGACCUUACUCCAGAAAUCCACAGGUCUGGCUCCAGAGAAUCAUAGCAGCUCAUGUGAGGGAUCAGUGUCCUUCAGGGAUGUGACUAUUGAUUUCACCAGAGAGGAAUGGCAGCAUCUAGACCCUGGUCAGAGAAACCUUUACCGGGAUGUGAUGCAAGAGACCUACAGCCACUUACUUUCAGUAGGGUAUCAAGUUCCUGAGCCAGAAGUUUUCAUGCUGGAGCAAGGAGAGGAGCCAUGGGCAUCACAGGGUGAUAGCUCACAUCAGAGCUGUCCAGAAAAAUUGCAGCAGAUUUGUGAUCAGAUAGAGAGCUAUCAGCAAACAGGAAAUAAAUCAUUCAGUGAUGUUGCUUUCAUCAAGAAAAUGAUGACUAUAAAGAAUCAUCAUGAAUAUAAGGAUAUUAGACAAAUAAUCCAUGUUAGCCCAAACAUUAUUUCUUCUCCCAAAAGACCUCAUCUGUGUGACUCUUUUGUGAAUAGUCUGAAGCAUAAUUUAGGUUUACACAGUCAUAAUACAAAUAAUGCAUCAAAGUACUUUAAAAAGAUUAUUGAAUAUGGUAAAAUUUCUUCCAAUACUGACCAGGAGUAUACUCUAAGAGAAGAGAAAUUAUGGGGCCAUAAUCAAUAUGGGAAAAUUAUCAAUUACAAACAAGCACCCUCUCAAUAUCAGAAAAUUCAUACUGGGGACAAAUCCUACAACUGCGCUGAAUUUGAAAAGAUUGUCACUCAGAAGUCACAUCUCAAGGUACAGCUGCAAGUUCAUACAGGAGAAAAACUCUAUGUAUGUAUUGAAUGUGGGAAGGCUUUUGUACAGAAGCCAGAAUUCAUUGCUCAUCAAAAAACCCACACCAGAGAGAAGCCCUAUAAAUGCAAUGAAUGUGGAAAGUCCUUCUUCCAGGUAUCUUCUCUCUUCAGACAUCAGCGAAUCCACACUGGAGAAAAACUCUAUGAAUGCAGUGAAUGUGGAAAAGGCUUUUCUUAUAACUCAGAUCUCAUUAUCCACCAGAAAAUUCAUACUGGAGAGAGGCACCAUGAAUGCAGUGACUGUGGCAAAGCAUUCACACAAAAGUCCACACUCAAGAUGCAUCAGAAAAUUCAUACAGGUGAGAGAUCUUAUAUAUGCAUUGACUGUGGACAGGCCUUUAUCCAGAAGACACACUUGGUUGCACACCGAAGAAUUCAUACUGGAGAAAAACCAUAUGAAUGUAGUAUCUGUGGAAAAUCCUUCAUUUCAAAGUCACAACUCCAGGUACAUCAACGAAUUCACAGUAGAAUCAAGCCCUAUGUAUGUACCGAAUAUGGGAAGGUCUUCAACAAUAGUUGCAACCUCAUUACACAUAAGAAAGUUCAAGUUAGAGAAAAAUCUUCCAUAUGUACUGAAUGUGGGAAAGCCUUUACCUAUAGGUCAGAGUUAAUAAUACAUCAGAGAAUUCACACUGGAGAGAAACCUUAUGUAUGUAGUGACUGUGGAAAAGCCUUCACUCAGAAGUCAGCACUUACAGUGCAUCAGCGAAUCCAUACAGGAGAAAAAUCAUAUGUGUGCAUGAAGUGUGGCCUGGCCUUCAUCCAAAAGGCACACUUGAUUGCACAUCAAAUAAUUCAUACUGGGGAGAAACCCUAUAAAUGUGGUCACUGUGGGAAAUUCUUUACCUCCAAGUCACAGCUCCAUGUGCAUAAACGAAUUCACACAGGAGAAAAGCCCUAUAUAUGCAAUAAAUGUGGGAAGGCUUUCACCAACAGGUCAAAUCUCAUUACACACCAGAAAACUCACACAGGAGAAAAAGCUUAUAUAUGUUCUAAAUGUGGAAAGGCCUUCACUCAGAGGUCAGACUUGAUUACACAUCAGAGAAUUCAUACCGGAGAAAAGCCUUAUGAGUGCAGUACCUGUGGAAAAGCCUUCACCCAGAAGUCACACCUCAAUAUACACCAGAAGAUUCAUACUGGAGAGAGACAGUAUGAAUGCCAUGAAUGUGGGAAAGCCUUCAACCAGAAAUCAAUACUCAUUGUGCAUCAAAAAAUUCAUACAGGAGAGAAACCCUAUGUGUGCACUGAAUGUGGAAGAGCCUUCAUCCGAAAGUCAAAUUUUAUCACUCAUCAAAGAAUUCAUACCGGAGAGAAACCAUAUAAAUGCAGUGAUUGUGGGAAAUCCUUUACCUCCAAGUCUCAGCUCCUGGUGCAUCAGCCAAUCCACACAGGUGAGAAACCCUAUGUGUGUGCUGAGUGUGGAAAAGCCUUUAGUGGCAGGUCAAAUCUUAGUAAACACCAAAAAACUCAUACCGGAGAGAAGCCUUACAUCUGUUCUGAAUGUGGGAAGACAUUCAGGCAGAAAUCAGAGUUGAUAACACAUCAUAGGAUUCAUACUGGAGAGAAACCUUAUGAAUGUAGUGACUGUGGGAAGUCUUUCACUAAGAAAUCACAGCUCCAAGUGCAUCAACGAAUUCACACAGGUGAGAAGCCUUACGUGUGUGCUGAGUGUGGGAAGGCCUUCACUGAUAGGUCAAAUUUGAAUAAACACCAAACAACACACACUGGAGACAAACCCUAUAAGUGUGUAGUCUGUGGGAAAGGCUUUGUUCAGAAAUCAGUGCUCAAUGUGCAUCAAAGUAUUCACACUUAAACAGGAUGAGAAAAAGCUUACUGAGGACAUGUCUUACUGUACAUUACUGCAUCCAUGCAGCAGAAUAGUAUGCAUAAGGGGAAAUGCUCACAUGAGAAUGUCAUACAUUACUGUUUAGAAGACGACCUCUAAGAAGGAAUUGAAUGUGGAGGGAGGCCCUUCUUACACUGUCAUCAGCAUCAUUAAAUCUGGGGCAUCCAUACUGAGAAGGAACUGAGUUUGAUAUUUUAGAACAAGACUUCUUAUGAUUAUGAAAAGUAUGAUGGAACACUAUAUCCUAAUUUUUAAUAGGAAGGGUUAUGUUAAGCCAUGUUAAUGAUAGUCUUGUUGGUAGAAUAGGUACAGUGCCAACAAAUUGAAUGAAAAAACAAUAUAUAGGAAAUGAUAAGUCCUCAGUUCUGGAAGUUGUUUGUUGCAAAACAUUGUCUAACAGAGUUGUGGGUGUUUUUCUUUGGUGAAUCUAACACACUUGUGUAUAUCCAUUCCCCCACUGAGUACUUCUGUCAAAAAAUACUACAAUAAAAAUAUAUUCCUCUGACACAGAGUGUAUAUAUACACUCUGAUGCAAAUCUCAA